GUGGAAUUUUAUAUUCUCGGCCACCUUCGACAUCCCUUCGGUAGUUUCCGGUCACAAGAUUACCCCCCGCGAAGCCACGUUCGGUCUCUCUCCCACUGCCCAUCAUGGCGCCCGCUAAAGCAAAGACGGUGGCAGCCAAAGCAGGAAGCAAAGGCAAGAAGAAGAAGAUGUUGCUGAAGUUCACGAUCGACUGCACACAUCCUGUGGAGGAUGGCAUCAUGGAUGCAUCCAACUUUGAGACGUUCCUGCACGAUCGCAUCAAGGUCCAGGGGAAGACAGGCAACCUGGGAACUCAGGUCUCCAUCGAACGCAACAAGAGCAAGAUCUCCGUUCAGUCCGAAAUCCCCUUCUCUAAAAGGUACCUGAAGUACUUGACAAAGAAGUACCUGAAGAAGAACAACCUGAGGGACUGGUUGAGGGUGGUGGCGAGUACCAAGGAGCAGUACGAGCUGCGGUACUUCCAGAUCAACCAGGAUGAGGAGGAGGAGGAAGAUGAGGAUUAAGUCAGACCUCACCUCUGUGCAAUGGGCAGACCUGUCUUUACACAUCAAAUAUGCCAUUGCUGAUACAAUGUACAUCCUCUGAGAGAUAUUAAAUGUGUCUCCAUAAACUU